CACGCCUCCCGGAAUUCCAUGAGGCCACUCACGUGGCUGGCUUUGUACCCUACUGCUCCCAGGGGCUAACAGAGCGCGGGAGCCCUGAUGGCGGCUUGGAUGAGCUUCAGGGGGCUGGAGGAUGGCGAGAAGAGAGAGGGGUGCUGCUGGGAGUACGACUCCACCUGGGAGAGCGAUGAGGAGGAGGAGGGAGAAGGGAAGGAGUCGCAGGAGGCCCGAGCCGACAGAGAGGGAGAGGAGUCCUCGCCAGGGUGGUUCAGGGGCUCCCACCAGGCCAGCGGCGCCCAGUCUAGAUGGUAUUGUCUAUUCAGGAAGACAUAUAUGUUUUUGAGGAAAGUUCUUUCAGAGCUUAAUCUUUCAGAUGUCCAGGAGCGAAGAAGACCAGCUGUCUCAUCAAUUGGUUAUAGAGGUUUUGAGUUCUUGACUGGACGCAACUGGACAGCUGCAAAAGAUAUGCAGAGAUACAGGCAUUGUUAUCCGGGUUUGAAAGAAAGGGAACCUGAUGUUGAAGAGGAGGAGAUGUGGAAUUUAAGUUUUUACAAAAACGAAAUUCACUUUUUGCCUCAUGGCUUAUUUAUUGAUGAGCUCCUUGAAGCUUGGCAGGAGGAUUACGAGACUCUGGAAGAAAACCAUUCUUAUAUACAAUGGUUGUUUCCUUUGCGUGAACAUGGGAUGAACUGGCGUGCAAAGCCUCUCACAUGUAAAGAAAUUCAGGCCUUUAAGAAAUCCAAGGAAGUUAUGCAAAGAUUCAUCAGAGCUUACAAACUCAUGCUGGGUUUUUAUGGAAUAAACUUGAUCGAUCAAGAAACGGGGGAAGUGCGAAGAGCAGAAAACUGGCGUCAGAGAUUUCGCAACCUUGAUCGGUUUAGUCACAACAAUUUGCGGAUAACUCGUAUUCUGAAGUGUCUGGGAGAGAUGGGGUAUGAACACUAUCAAGUACGCCUGGUUAAGUUUUUCCUAACAGAGACACUUGUUUUCCAAACACUCCCAAACGUUAAGAGAAGUGCCUUGGAUUACUUCCUGUUCACCAUCAGAAACAAGCAGAAGCGAAGGGAACUGAUACACUAUGCAUGGAUGCACUUUAAACCUCAGGAUAAGUUUGCAUGGGGGCCUCAUAAGAAACUCCAGAAAUAUAAAGUUCCAUCGUUAAAGUCUCAGCACUGCCAAAAGGCUGAGGACGAGAAGGAAUCCAUCAGAGAUAAAGAAGCAGUGGGAAAGAAUGAAACCAGUCCUCCAGACAGGGAGGAGAAAGUUGGAGAUGCUGCAUACUCAGAAACCAACAAGGUGACUGAUGAGUGUACCUCAGAGGAGCAAAGUAAAUGUGGUGCCAUGUACGUUGCAGAGCGAGGAGACAACGUAGAAGAGAGAGAAGCCUCACUUCCCCAACUAGGAGAGACGGUUCUGAGUGAAGACCUUGUGGGCAUGGGGGAUGGAGCAGAGAGUGAACGCCUAAAGGAAAGCAAGAAAAGAAAGCUUGAGAUGAACAGAUUAACUGGUAAGUGCACAGGGCUAUUGCAAAGUCCCACUGAUAUUGAGAAGAUCUCUUAUAACCUAGGGGAAUUUGCUAUCAAUCAAAAGACCACGGAGACUCUUCCGGCAUUGCCAGAAAAGGGUGAUCACGUAACAGCUGAAGAAGGUGACAUCAGUAGUGAAGACUUAAAGGCAUCUGAGUCAUCUGAUGCACCUGUAAAAAGAAGGAAAGUUGAUGAGGCAGUGCCGGAAAACAGUACUGUAAAUGUGGCAAUAACCUUGAACACUGACACCACUACCUGCAACGUCCAAGCAGCAGGGGCUGAGCAAGGAGAAGUUAGUGAUGAAGACAUGGGUGUGGAAGAAAUUAAUGUGAAAACUGAGAAUGGUGCUGAUGGUGCAUCUGUGAAUUCAUUGCCUGGUUCUGAGACUAAUAAGCCUGAUCUGCGUUCUCUGGCAGGCAGUGGCUCAGUGCUAUGUGAAGCAAAUUCAGAAAUACAGAACGAAGAGCACCAAUGUAAUGAAACUCUCACAGUAAGUGAAGGCCAGGUAGACGACAAAGAACAGAAAGAAGGGACAGAAAAUGUCGGUGCAAGAAGGGAAACAAAAAUCCCAGACAAGAACCGGGGUCAAGAGCUUCUUCAGCGGUGUGUGGUGGAAUCUUAUCCUGAAAAAGUCAGUGCUAGGAACAUAGCGCAAGAAAUUGAUUGCAUUGAGGACUCAGCAGAACUGAAUGAUCAGACAAUGGCAGAGAGUGGCAAAAACAUUGCAGUAGCACCAGAGCAUGGGGAGGAGGAAGGACAGUAAUGUCCUGAAUUCAAGGAGCAUAGAACAGUGAUUCAGACUCCAAAGGCACAUGGAAAAAGACGUCUCCUUUAAAACAAUCCAGAACAAACUCAUUCCUUCCCCUUCUUUCUGGUUGUCCUAACUAGAAAAAAAUCUGCUUGGUCAAUUUCAUAGGGAAGAGCCCCGGCCUCUUCCUGUUCCUGUUUGUAUCUGACAUGCUGGACUGUCUGCAAGUAUUUCCCCUCCUCUUCACCUCUUUUUUUGGUAUGUGUUUUAAAGAAAGAAAAAAGCUUCUUUCCUCUUUGAAAGAGCAAAGCUCUUAUUUAAUAAGUGAUCUUAAU